AAAAAAAAAGAGAAAUCAGAGAAAUUUGUAUAGAAAAUACAAAGAAUCCACAGCUCCCUAAGACCUUGACACAGCCAAAACCAAGGCAAAAACACCCUUUAAAUAAGAUAAAAGGAAUACAACAAAUUCUUGGAAAUAGAAAAGAAAAUUUUCUAUACAUCUCUCUAAGAAAACAAUAUCAAUCUCCAGUUUUUUUUUUUUUUUAUUCAUUUGUUGGACCUCUCUCUUAGCCCUUCGCCCUUUUCAAUUUUUUAGUUUUGAUCAGUUUCAAUUUCACUUCUUUCCACUAGCUUUUUUCUCUCUCUCAGCUAUCUUUUCUAGAGAGUUGAAAUUUUCUUUGCUUCUUCCAUCUUUCUCUUGUUAUUCCACCUUUGAUCGUCCUUCAUCAAGAUCAUCAGGCAAAACAAGAUCCAACCCAGUUUUGUACUGCCUUGUAAUCUUCUUUUGUUAUAGUUCAAAAACUUCAAAGUCAUGGCUAAUCGAUGGUGGGCAGGGCAAAUAGGACUACAAGGAAUGGAAACAUCAGCUACUUCAUCAUCUCCAAUGAAGAAACCAGAUCUGGGUAUAUCCAUGACAAACAAUGGAGAAACUGGAAGUGGAGGAACUGGAGAAGAAGAAGAAAAAGAGCACAGCGAUGAGGCUAGAGAAGGAGCUAUCGAAGUCUCCACUCGUCGUCCUAGAGGUCGUCCAUCAGGCUCCAAAAACAAGCCCAAACCACCUAUUUUCGUCACCAGAGAUAGCCCUAAUGCCCUAAGAAGUCACGUUAUGGAAAUAUCAAACGGUUCUGAUGUAGCUGAAACCCUAGCUCAGUUUGCUAGAAGAAGGCAAAGGGGAGUUUGUGUUCUUAGUGGAAGUGGAACUGUCACCAACGUGACACUCAGGCAACCUUCAGCUCCUGGUGCAGUCAUGGCUCUUCAUGGCAGGUUUGAGAUUUUGUCUUUAACUGGUGCUUUUUUGCCUGGAACAUCUCCUCCAGGGUCAACCGGGUUAACAAUAUACCUAGCUGCUGGGCAAGGGCAGGUGGUUGGUGGUAGUGUUGCAGGGUCACUGGUUGCAUCAGGGCCUGUUAUGGUAAUAGCAGCAACUUUUUCUAAUGCUACUUAUGAGAGGUUGCCUUUGGAGGAGGAAGAAGAGGGAGCUGGUGGGGCUCAAGGGCAACUUGGUGGUAGUAGUGGUGGAGGAGGGAGUGGCGGGUCGCCAUCGGGGAUUGGCAGUGCAAGUGGAGGGCAUCAGCAAGGUGGGAUAGGUGUUGGUGGUGGUGAUGGUUCAGGAUUCCCAGUAUAUAGUAAUUUGCCACCAAAUUUGGUUCCUAAUGGUGGACAGUUGAACCACGAGGCAUAUGCUUGGGCACACGGUGGAAGGCCACCAUAUCACUAAAGAGGAAAAGAGAAAGAAAAAUAGAACAUGCUUGUGAGAGGAAAGGGAUUAUUCAUCAGCUGAUGAUGUUAGUGCAAGUGCGGGAAAAAUGUUUGCUAAAUCCAAAGAUAGAAAAAUAAGAAUCACCCCUGGGUUAUAUCAAAAACUGGGUAGAUAUUGUUAUCAUCCUUCUUUCCAUUUUACUAAGAAACUUCCAUGAUUAAUGGUUUCAUCUAGUUUUCCUCCAAUGACAAAAAUUAAAAUCGCUUAAUUUUGUAGCUGAUUCUUCUGCAAGUUCUAAUUUCUGCCAAUUACCAACAGAUUGUCUUUGUAAUUGCUUUCUUUUUCACUGCAAUUCACUAUCUUUCAUGAUCUUCAUCUUCUUCCAACGUUUUUGUCAUAAUUGUUUAAUUUAAUUAAC